AUGCAUCCAGAGGAAGUCGAUGUCAUCGUCGCAGGCGGUGGCCCCGCCGGUUGCGUCGUUGCCGGACGUCUCGCAUAUGCCGACCCAACGUUGAAGGUCAUGCUCAUUGAAGGGGGUGCGAACAAUCGAGACGAUCCCUGGGUGUACCGCCCGGGAAUUUAUGUGCGUAACAUGCAGAACGACGGCGUCAAUGAUAAGGCGACGUUCUACACGGACACUAUGAAGUCAUCACACAUGCGUGGCCGUCGUAGUAUUGUGCCUUGUGCAAACAUUCUUGGCGGUGGGAGUAGCAUUAACUUCCAGAUGUACACGCGUGCUUCUGCAUCCGACUGGGAUGACUUCAAAACUGAGGGCUGGACCGCCAAUGACCUCGUCCCGCUUAUGAAGCGUCUUGAGAACUACCAGAAGCCGGUCAAUAAUGAUACACACGGAUACGACGGGCCCAUCGCUAUAAGCAAUGGUGGGCAGGUUCAGCCUGUGGCUCAAGACUUCCUCCGAGCUGCACAUGCGAUUGGGGUGCCCUAUAGCGAUGAUAUUCAGGACCUUACCACUGCCCAUGGUGCUGAGAUCUGGGCGAAGUACAUUAACCGUCAUACUGGUAGACGAAGUGAUGCUGCGACUGCAUAUGUCCACAGCGUAAUGGACGUCCAGGAUAACUUGUACCUACGCUGUAAUGCACGCGUCUCUCGCGUCCUUUUCGAUGCCAACAACAAGGCUAUCGGUGUUGCUUAUGUCCCAUCACGCAACCGUACGCAUGGCGGCAAGGUCCAGGAGACCAUUGUCAAGGCGCGAAAGAUGGUUGUCCUCAGUUCUGGUACUCUCGGUACCCCUCAGAUCCUCGAGCGCUCUGGUGUUGGCAAUGCCGAACUGCUCCGCCAGCUUGAUAUUCCGGUCGUCAGUGACCUGCCAGGUGUCGGCGAGGAAUACCAGGACCACUACACUACCUUGUCGCUUUAUCGCGUUUCAAACGAGACUCAGACCACUGAUGACUUCCUUCGUGGUGCGCCUGAGGUCCAGAAAGAGCUAUUUGCGGAAUGGGAGUCACGCCCUGAAAAAGCGCGUUUAUCGUCUAACUGCAUUGAUGCCGGAUUCAAGAUUCGGCCUACGGAGGAGGAGCUCAAAGAGAUGGGACCAGAAUUCAAUGAGCUCUGGAACAGGUACUUCAAGAAUAAGCCCGACAAGCCGGUCAUGUUCGGCUCUAUCGUCGGCGGUGCCUACGCGGACCACUCGCUCUUGCCCCCUGGCAAGUACGUCACGAUGUUCCAAUACCUCGAAUACCCUGCUAGCCGUGGCAAGAUCCACAUCAAGUCGUCUAACCCAUAUGUCGAGCCAUUCUUUGACAGUGGCUUCAUGAACAACAAGGCCGACUUUGCUCCGAUCCGUUGGAGCUACAAGAAGACGCGUGAGGUUGCGCGCCGCAUGGAUGCAUUCCGUGGUGAACUCACCUCGCACCACCCGCACUUCCACCCCGACUCGCCCGCGGCGUGCAGGGACAUCGACAUCAAGACAGCCAAGCAGCUCCUCCCUGACGGCCUUACCGUCGGGAUUCACAUGGGCACCUGGCACCGGCCCGGCGAGCCGUACGAUGCCUCGAAAGUACACGAGGACCUUGUUUAUACAAAGGAGGAUGACGAGGCGAUCGACAAUUGGAUUGCGGACCAUGUCGAGACAACAUGGCACUCUCUUGGCACUUGCGCUAUGAAGCCUCGUGAGCAGGGCGGCGUCGUCGACAAGCGCUUGAACGUAUUCGGAACAGAAAAUCUGAAGUGUGUCGAUCUCAGUAUAUGCCCUGAUAAUUUGGGCACGAACACGUACUCCUCGGCUCUCCUGGUCGGUGAGAAGGGUGCUGACCUGAUUGCCGAGGACCUUGGCCUGAAGAUCCGCGUACCUCAUGCUCAGGUCCCGCAUGCGCCGGUCCCCACUGGCAAGCCCGCUACCCAACUCACUCGGUGA